CAUAGUCAUAUACGAAACGAAUAUUUAAGAAGCUAAAGAACGCAAGGUUUUCUCUCUUCUGCAAAUUUGCGGUUCUUCGAAGGUCACAUUUUGUCCUACCCCAGAUAAGUUUUCUUGGCUCCAUUCCAUUUCCUUUGAUUUUUCUCCGACUUCCCGUAAAAAAAAGUUUGAAAACGAUUGAUUUUCAAGAGAGAAUUUGGACUUGUAGUUGCGUAAGAAUCAUCAUCUCUCUUUUUUCUUUAUCUUUUUCUUUACAAUCUCAUUUUCGCUGCACCGAAAUCGCAAUUUUGGAGAGGAAAAGUGAGUUGGGUUUUUAGUUUCAGUUUCUGUAUAUCUAUUGCUUUAAUUUGGGUACCAAGUUCGACUUUUAGCUAUUGAAUCAUAAUUUUCACACACUGAAGGUGUUCUAUGUGAAAUUUGCCUUGUGGGUUUGGAGAUGUAUAAUCUAAGGUAGAGGGGUCUUUUUCGUUUGUUGAUGUUAGAUUUGGAUUGAGGUUUAUAGCAUUACUAGUAAUCUUGAAAUAAGUUUGUAAUUCCUUUAGUUUUUCACACAGUGAAGGUGUUUGUGCGUGAAAUUUUCUUAGAUGGUUGUUUUUUAUUUGUUAUUGAAUUGAUUGAUGUUAGAUUUGAAUUGGGGUUUGUAACAUUACUUACCUUGAAGGUGCCAUCUAGAAAAAGGUCAAAAGGGUUUUCAAGAAAUAAGUUUUUGAAGUUUCUCACACAGUGAAGGUGUUUAUGUGUGAAAUUUCUUUGUGGGUUUGGAGAUACACAAUCUAAGGUAGAUGGGGUUUCCUGGGUUUUUAUGAAUCAAUUGAUUAUCUUGGAUUCAAAUAGGGGUUUAUAGCAUCACUUAUCUUGAUUCUUGAAAAACACUAGGAUUUUCAAGAAAUCAGUUUGUAGUUCUUGACGUUUUCAUCUUUUUGGUUCUUUAUACCUUGAGCUAAUUGCUUUAAGAAUGUUAGCAAUCUAGUUUUCUUAUUGGUUCAACAAUGGGGAAAAAAUCAGGCAAGAAUAAGACACAUGGAGGAUCAAAACCGGCAGAUAGUAGUAGCCAAAAAGCAUACGAUAACGACACUAUCAUUUUCAUUUCCAUGGCACAAGAACAUAAAGAUGAGGGCAAUAAGUUGUUUCAGAAGAAAGAUUAUGAAGGAUCUAUCUUAAAAUACCAAAAAGCUCUGUUAUUGCUUCCCGGAAACCAUAUAGAUGUUUCAUAUCUUCAUAGUAGCAUUGCAGCGUGCUAUAUGCAAAUGGGUAUAAGCGAUUUCCCAAAGGCUAUUCAAGAAUGCAAUUUGGCCCUUGAAGUCACACCCAAGUAUAGUAAAGCACUUCUGAAACGAGCUCGCUGUUAUGAGGCUUUAAACAUGCUUGAUUUGGCUUUAAGAGAUGUUAGUUUGGUGUUGGAUAUGGAGCCGAAGAAUCUAAUGGCAAUGGAGAUUGCCGAUAGAGUGAAAGCACUUAUGGAGAAGAAGUUAACUGAAGAGGGACCAAAAAGUUUCAUGGUGACGGAAAAUGGUGGUAGGUUGAGCGAAGAAGAGAGUAAAGCUAUUCGGUUUCCAAAUUAUGUGGAGGAUACACAUAAAAAGUCGAUGAAGGAGAAGACACGAAAGAAGAAAAGUAAAAAACUCGAGCAGAUUGAUGAAAAGAAAGAUGAGGGUGACAAUAAGGGAAAAUUUGAGAAGAUUAGUGACGGAAAUUGUCCAAAAAAGUUUGAGGAAAAAGCUGAGCACAAGAAGGAAGAGUGCAAAAAGAUUCAUGAUGUCGAGCCCGUUGAUGAGGAUAAGUUGGUUGUCGAAGAGAAAAUAAGCAGUUUUAGCAAAGAAGAUGAACAGAAAAGGAGUAUCAAAUUAGUAUAUGGGGAUGAUAUAAGAUGGGCGAAGAUCCCUUUUAAUUGCGAUGUUUUAGAACUAAGAGAGGUCAUAUUCGAUAGAUUUCCAGUUUCACGAGCUGUUCUAAUGAAAUACCAGGACCAAGAAGGGGAUAUGGUCACCGUCACCACAAAUGAAGAGUUAAGGUGGGCCGAAUCAACUUCUGGUCAAAACGGUUCAGUCAAACUGUAUAUCGUAGAAGUCAACCCUGAGGAAGAUCCGUUUUUUGCCCACAUUAGAAGACAAGAACAGAAACGAAAGCUUCUAAAUUCUUCAACUUGCAUUGAUGAUUGGAUUCUAGAGUUUGCCCAACUUUUCAAGAAUCAUGUCGGGUUUGACUCGGAUGCAUAUCUGGAUCUUCACGAGGCUGGUAUGAAGAUAUACACCGAGGCUAUGGAGGAUACAGUAACAAGCGAAGAAGCUCAAGAGCUUUUCAGCAAUGCAUCCGAUAAAUUUCAAGAAAUGGCGGCUUUAGCUUUGUUUAAUUGCGGAAAGGUUCAUAUGUCAAGAGCCAGGAAAAGGGUGUUUUUUACCGAAGAUUCUUCACAAGAAUCUAUACUUUCACACAUCAAAGAUUUAUACAAGUGGGCACAAAUUGAGUACUCAAAAGCCGGUGAAAGAUAUGAAGAAGCACUAAAGGUUAAGCCCGAUUUCUAUGAAGGUUUUCUAGCUUUAGGACAUCAACAAUUCGAGCAGGCAAAACUUUCUUGGUAUUAUGCGAUUGGCACGAACGUUGAUCUUGAAAAGUGGGACUCUACGGACGUUAUUCAACUUUACAACAAAGCCGAAGAUAACAUGGAAAGGGGUAUCCAAAUGUGGGAGGAAACCGAGAAGGAAUGCACUGAUGAGAAUUCUACGCCAAAUAAGGUCAAGAUUUUACAGAAAACGGGUACUAGAAAAGAUGAAGCGGAAGAGCAGGCUGCAUAUAUGAGGUCUCUGAUAAACGUUUUGUGGGGUACGAUGCUUUAUGAAAGAUCAUCAAUGGAGUAUAAACUCGGGCUUCCUUUUUGGCACGAAUGUUUGGAGAUUGCUGUUGAAAAGUUCGAACUUGCUGGGGUUUCUCAUACGGAUAUGGCAGUCAUGAUCAAGAAUCACUGUUCCAAUAAUGCUGCACCCGAAGGUUUGGGGUUUGAUAUUGAUGAGAUAGUACAAGCAUGGCAUGAAAUGUAUGAAGUCAAAAGACGGCAAAGUGGAAUUCCGUCUUUCAGAUUAGAACCGUUGCUUCGAAGACGAGUUUCUAAACUCUUUUACGCCUUGGAACAUGCAAGAUGAAUGCCAUUUCAAGAUCGGGCAUUUUUUCAAGAAAACGAAAAAGGGUACUUCUUGUUACAUAUCCAACUGUUCGGUAGUCUGCAGCUUCGAACUGAGAGCUAGGCAUGUAGAAAUUCGUAAAGUGCCACGUCAAAUACAGUUUACAGGUGAGUUGUAAUUAUCACGACAAAGAAAAGAAAAGAUAGUCGAUAAUACGGGGUGUAGUAAAAUCGAAAAUACUUCACAUAUCCGAGUUGUAUGUGUUUUAGGGGCAUAUAUAACUUCAUUUUUAGUGUAUUUGUUUAUAGAGUUUUUGUGUUCUUGGCUUGCAAGUUAUAUUCAUUUGGCGUGUACUCUUAGUCAUGUAACAAACGUUGAUUUAUUAGAAGGUGAUUUUGGUUUGAAUUUGGGUUGCUUAUAAGAUUCAGCCUCAUAUAUCU